UAUGCAGAGAGAGGGAAAACAAUCUCCUCGACACGCCUCCAGCAUUCACAGACAAUCACCAUGACGACUUUGACCUAACCAUUCCUCCACCUCUUCCCUUGGAAACCCAAGGAGCACUCAGUAACUUGAGAAAUUGUAGACUCUCUUCUGUCUCUCGAGAUGUAAAGACUGCCUUCUCCUUUCUCAGUGAGGAGAACAGUAGAGUAUGGUAGAUAUAGUACUGUACACUCCCAUGGGGCCUUUUCCCCAAAAAUUAACUGAAAAAUACAUUUUUUUAAACACAGAAAAGUUGCAUAGACACAUGUGAAAACAAGCAUGCAUUCACGCAUACACACAUACAAUUAGUGUUAUGGUGGGCCAGCUGACCUAAACCCUCAGCUGUGCAGGAAGUCACAGGAAGGCAGAACAUUAGAGGAAGCACCUGUGUUUGUCCUGCAGGGCCACAAUCAGUGGAACAACGGCAACAUCCUGCUACUUCCUGACAGAAUACUAGUCUAUGGACAGGGAGGAGGAAAACAUGAAUUCCAUAACUAGAGCUGUGUAAAUAUGGAACAUGAGGUGCACACCUAAUGUAACGCGAGCAAGGAAUAUGGGUGUAUUGUGUGAGCAUGUCUCUAUGGAUGUCACAUUAACAGUGAGCUGUGCUGGGAAUAGUUCCCAUCCGAUACUGAUACAUAUUCACAUCAUGGUUAGUGGCAUAGUUCACUGGCCCUUUUCUUACGUUUGAGACAGCACUCGAAGCAGAGACCUGUGUCAAAACGUGUUCUCUCUCAGUGAGGAGAAGAGGAGGAUACAACUUGCUCUCUCUCACUCUGAGGACAACCAUGUUUACACUUAACCGGUGAUAAGAUAACAGUGAAGUCGGUGCCAAAACAGUAGACAUACACACUGUGUAACACUGGGAACUGUUUGUCUCCUCUCGAGCCAACUCCCUGCCUGGACAAAUACAAAGUCUGCAUGGGCCAAUGGGCUGAUUUAAUCAAAGCCAAUACAUUCAUGAGGGCUGUGAACUGGUGUGUCACUUCAUAUGCAUAGCUGGGGAAUAUGUUAUGGUUUGGGCAGGAACGUAUGUGGGCGCCCUUACAGGUCUACAUUGAUAAACUUAUAUACAGUGCUUUAUGACAGAAAUCUACAUGAAUGUGCUGAUGAACUUGAGCCAAUCGUUUAAAAAAAAAACUAAAUACAAACUACAUACUAUCAAAGUCUACAUACAUGUAGGUUUUAUAUCCUACGUUGACAUUGCUAAUGUCAAAUCUGUGUCAUUCAAUAAUUCCUCAUUUAAUAGGGAGCUAAAUGCUGAGUAAUCUACAGAAACCUGAGCAAGCACACUUGACCCCUGAGUAGACGUUGGAAGUACAUGAAGGCCUGAUGUGGAGGAGAAACUCUAUUCUAUGAAAGUACCAGGUGAUAUGCAGUGUGUAUGUUUCUGUGAUCUACGUUGGAACACCACAGCAUUCAUAGUUCACAUUGCUAGAGCACUUCUUGUUCCCUAAGACAUAUCAUAACAGUCAUUUCAUACAGUAAAGACGAUCUCAUCGAUUUAAAAAACCACCCAUGGAAAAUUUACACUGAAGAACCAAAUGCAUUUUCUUUAAAGUUUGAACAAGUCCCAACAAGUGAGACCAAAUUAUUAGCGCUACUCUAUGUCACAACGUGUUGACUGAGUGACACUAUCAACUAGACAAACAGGGAAACAUGGAUCUAUUGAUAUUCUGUGACAGUUGCCCAUCUGUGAUACAAUGAACGUAAACAUUUGUUGAGCUGUUGUUAUCAAGACUAGUUUGAGUGGGAAGUGACUACACUAGAUUAAAAUAUAUCGGUGGAGACUGUUGGAAGGAGCUAUAUUGGAGGAAGGGCUAAUAUUAAUCGCUGGAAUGGAAUAAAGGGAACGGUUAUGUUGCUUUACAUCCAUAUUCAAAGAACAUAGAAAAAGUAACAGAGCCUGAAGUGCAAGACAGGAACGGUUCUUGGAAGAGUUGUAAUAGAGUGAACGCACCAGACCGUUUCACAUCUAAAUCCUUCUAAAGAUACUAGAAACCAUCAUCAUCUUUCAUAUGUAAUCCAAGCCCAUCCAUUCAAUGAAAUAAGGCCCGAAGAAAAUGGGAGUGUAUACUGUACUGUACAGUAAGUGGGGUUAAUCCUGUCUGGGUAAAGACAUGUCCCACAAGCAGUUUCCCGAACACAAAUAACUACGUGGAGGGUACUAUCAUGUGACGAAACAGGAGGAGACUAGGUCCUCUGUGUUCCAAAUGCCACCCUAGGGGAUGCCUCACAAAUGGCAGCCUACCCUAUUGGCCCUGGUCAAAAGUAGUGCACAAAAUAGGGAAUAGGUUGCCAUUUGGGAUGCGGCCUGGAGAGGCACACAGUUUUCAGCUCUUAUCUUAAGAGGAUGAGGGAUUUGGAAGGAAAUAACAUCACUUCUCUAUCUGGGUUCGUUGAUCUCUCGGAUGACUCCGAGUCAGAUAGGCAUCUGGGAGAAAAGACAAAAUAAUCUACGCCCUUACCCUAUUCUCGUCUCUCCCGGGCCGGUGCAGCACUGGAGAAGAGUCCUUACUGUAUGGUUGUGAAGAGAAGUGGCAUCCACUUUUAAAUGAAACCAGGAGGACACAGUCACACACUGUCACUGCCAGGAAAAGGAGAACACAAGGAGAAACAGACUGACUAGCUGGAUUCAGAGUGUGGGAUUUUCUCCAAGAUGCAGACACAGUUGGCGUUUGUGCUUCUCCUCUGUUUGCCGUGUGGCGUAUUAUGUUCAGAUGUUGACCAAGAACAGCGGGCGAUAGAAGAGGAGCUAUUGAGCAGCCUCUUUACUUCAAAGAGCAAGCAGAACGCCCCCUACUGGCGUGUGUCCCUGGUGAAUGUGUGCAGGAUGGUGAACAGCCUGAUAAACAGCCGGUUGUGGAGAGAACAGGUGGAGUAUAACACUGGGGAGGAGCUGGGGGAGAGGCUGGCCUCCCUGCCGGAGCCCUUGGAUGAGCUCCUCGAUCUACAGCACAUCUGCAGAGUACUGCAGCCCCGAGAGCUGCUUGACAACUCUCAAGAGUACCUUGACGCCGAUCAAAACAGUGACAACCCGCUCAAAAGGAAAUCACCGUAUAUUUUUAAGAGGCAAGUGAAAAACACCAAAGCUCGGAGGCCGUACAUCUUGAAGCGGAGUACAUUUUACUGAUCCACCCCCGGGAGGAGAAAGAAAGACACUAUACAUUCUGUGGAUAUGUGACCAUACGUGCUCUCUGUUGUAGUGUUAUUACUGAUGUUUCCGCAGUGUUUCGUCCAUACAGAUGAUAUCUCAAACCUGUGUCUGUCACUAUAGGUCUCUACUCACAUUCUAGGCCCAAUCCUGCUCCAAAAAGAGAGGACCAAUUUAAAUAAAAGCAUACAAAAGCAGUAAGAAAGUGUGUAUCCUUUGAGAGACUUUAUAUUUACUAUAUGUGUUCACUCCAUGUAUUUUCUUUCCAAUGUGAUUAAACAAUACAUAUUUCAAAACCA